GUGGCGAAGAGACGAGAUUAAGUUCGUGGACAUCAUUUGGUCGCAGGCUAUAGCCGCAUCAGCAUCUCAUCCGGACGCUGAGAAUCUUCGAACAUUAAUGGAUAAAAAACCAAUUAGUUUCGCUACCAUCGAGGGCGAUGUGGGGGCAAGACUGGACAAGAUGUUCGGCGUGAAAUCCAGUUUCUUGAGGGUGGAACCGAGCCAUUGUAUAUUGCCACCCCAUUUCGUCUUCUACGGAUCGAGGAUACGGGACAUGGAGAUUUACGAGGACGACGUGUGGAUGGUUUCGUAUCCGAGGACUGGUAGCCAUUGGGCGCAGGAGAUGGUAUGGUGCAUCGGGAACGAUUUCGAUUUCGAAAACGCGCGAACUUUACUGGUCGUACGUAAUCCGUUGCUCGAGGCCUCGAGUCUGAUAGUCUCGGGUAAUUAUGUCGAAUGGUUCGCGAAGCUGGGCGAUUCGGUCGAGAACGUUGCAAAGAUGCCACGAACAAGAUAUGUCAAGUCUCAUCUCCCUUUGGACUUGUUGCCGCAGCAAAUCCACCAAAAGAAACCAAAAGUCAUCUACGUCGCUAGGAAUCCAAAGGACACUUGUGUCAGCUUUUAUCAUUUCUGUAGGAUGUUCCACAAUAGCAAGGGUAGCUUCGAGGAUUUUGCUGAAUUGUUCCUCGAGGACAGUGUACCGAUGUGCCCGUUUUGGAAUCACGUGCUACAGUUUUGGGCGAUGAGAAACAACGAUAACGUACUGUUUCUAACUUACGAGGAAAUGAAAAAGAAUCAAACGGCGGUGAUCAAGAGAACGGCGAAAUUCUUAGGGAAAAACGUGACGGACGAGCAAAUCACCGAUCUCAGCGAACACCUGAAAUUCUCAAAAAUGGCGGCAAAUCCUGCCAUAAACUUGCAGCACAUUUUGCCGAAUAAAAAUGUUCCGGAGGACGAGAAGUUUAUAAGGAAAGGUAAAGUCGGUGAUUGGAGGAAUUAUAUGUCCGAGGAAUUGUCACAAAGGUUCGACGAGUGGACCGAGAAACAUCUACUUAACAGUGGUUGUGACUUUGACAGAGAGAUAAUCUCUUACGAUGAAAAAAAAUCCGUCAAUUAAAGUGUAUAUAACUAUUGACAAUAGACUUUGCACGGGGUCCAUAUGUAAGAUA